CCAAGCCGUCCCUUUCUUCUAACUUCCAAAGGAAGUUUUGACUAAGUGUUAAGUCCUUAACUCCUUGGAAUCUGUCGGUCACCAUAAAUGAAAGAAAACUUUUUCUUCUUUCCUCCUCCAAAGCUGAUGCCUUCUUCUUGUUCUUCCCCUCUUCUUCUUCUUUCAUCUUCCAACUCAAGGAAAAUGAAAGUUUCUCUCCAUUAUUCAAGCCAUGUGACCUCUAAGGGAAAGAAAGAAAUUGUUUUUCCCUCCAGUAAACUGUGCCAUACACUUCUCUUCCAUACCCAUUUUGUGUUUGUUCAUAGCUUGGAGUUUAAAGUUUGUUUUCAUCUUCCAAGGGGUGAAGAAAUUAAAGGACCAACUAACGCUGAAGGAACUGAAGCAGAUCGAGAUGAAGCGACUGAAGAGCUGGGUACUACGGAGGAGGGAGGGGAAAACGUUUUGUAGUCUGUUGGUUGUUUGGUCCUUUUGGUGAUGACAUAUGUUUUUCAUGCGUGAUGCAUUUGAGCUCGUCAUGUAUUAUUUUACUUUAUAAAAAAAAUAGGCAUAUAGUAAUAAUAAUAAUAAUAAUAAUAAUAAUAAUAAUAAUACAUAGUUAUAAUAGGAAAAGAACAUGUACGGGAUCAUGGCCUCGUUCAUGA